AUGAGCUCCUUUAUUUCACAACUCUCCUCAUUUAUUUGUCUGAGAUUUUUUAAACGUCGAGGUAUCAGGACCCCGUCAAACAAGAUUCAACCCUUUCACCUACUUGGUUUACCGUAUCCUGCAUUUCGGAAUAUUAUACAUCAAUUGAAGUUGACUGAAGUAAUAGAACUAUCAAAAAAUUCUGGUGAAACCAGAUGUAGAUUUAAAAAAAAUUAAUCGAAAAAUCUACAAACUUCUUAUCGACAACCGUGUUUUCCAUGUUGAUCUACCACCAUUCCGAAAUCCUAGUGAUUUAUUUUCAAGCAAAGUGAUUGCUAUAGAGACUUCAGAAGACAUGUAUUAUCCUUUUAAGUCUGGUAAACUACUGACUUUAAGAUAUCCAAACCUUUUUUCAAUCAGCAUUACCAACUUUUGCAUCUCUACGUUUUGUGACUAUUCGAAAUUUAAAAAAUUCAAUACAAUGAGCUACGACCAACCGAAUCAGUUGAUCGAAAUUUUGAAUUCUAUUGACCAAUUAUUUUUUUGUUGAAAACCUCGAUUUACUGAUCAGCCAUGAGAAGUUAUUCGGCGAUUAUCGGCCAACACUAAGUCAUCCAAUGUUCAAUAAAUGCAAAU